CCUUUGGUUCAUUUGAAUUUUGUAUGUCAUUGAACACACGUCUUUACUAAAUCAAAAGUUUUUAAGCAAAAUUUUAAAGCCGUUUUUAAAAAUGCAAAGAAUGCAAUCUGGGGGUUCAGCAGCUCCUGACCUCGACAACGGCAUCGAUGAUAUGGCCAACGAGGGUGCUACUCAGAACAAUCAGAUGAACAAGUACAUGGAGCCAACCUGGAAGGAAUGGUGCAAACGCAAUGCCAAGCCUAUAGUACGAGUCAAACCGAAAGUGGAACGCGUGCUCACACCAUGGCAAAAGCCUGGACCAAUGAAGAAAAAGAAUUGGGUACAUUUCUUUCAGUGGGCCGAAAAGAAUGCGGCUCCCAAAAAAUCUAAGGCUAAGGUGAAGCGAUUGAUACCCUGCGAAGACGAUUUCUUGCCAUGUGCUAAAGAUGUUACGAAAAUGGAUCCAAUGGAUUUGAUUGAGAAAAUGGAAAAAUUGGCACAGCCUGUGGAGCGAAGGGUGAGGGAGAAGCAUGUCUAUGUGCAUGAAAUUCCCACAUAUUCGCCAGUUAUAGAAUGGGGACAACCGCCCCAUCAAGAUAAAGGACGUCCCUUUCCACCACCCGUGGAAGUGCCGAAAUGUUUUGCCAAUGAUGAUAUUGAGGCUGCCUUUUGGGCCGACUACAGAUUUCCAGUGCGUAAGGCUGCUCUUCUUGGUCGUCCUUCGCCGCGGAUUUUGAGCUUAUCUAAGCCACGAGUCAGGCCACCAAUGCCGCCGCAUUGUUACAUCCCAGAGAAGACUUUGCGUCCUUUGGAAGUGCCGCCGCCAAAGAGACGUAAAUUCACACGGAAAGGAUGGCGUAUGCAUCAAAUACGUUUGCUUUAUCUCGCAAGACCUGUCACUAGACCGAAAUAUGAAUAUUUUUACUCUUAAACCGGAGUAGGCUGAGCAAUUUUCAAAAUUUUGCAGUUUCCUAUUUCUAUAUCCCAUAAACCUCAUUCACAAUUUCGUAGUCAACUAAUAAACAUCGUAAAAAAAAAAAAAAAAAAUAUUCAAUAAAAAAAAUUCCAAUUUAAAAAAAAGUCCUUUUUCAAAUUUUUCGUAAAAUUACGAUUUUAUAAAUUUAGCAAAGUGUAAAGUAGAUUAUGUCGGCCGCAAACAUUCUAAAUGAAGUGCAUAAUGAACCUCAUACUGAUCCGUAUGGAACGGUUGAUUCGACAGCAGAUGCUAAUGAGAAGCGACUGGCCCAUGAGGAAUGGAUCAAUAAGAAUUCCCAGCCCAAGAAACGCGUCAUACCAAGAGUGGAGCGAGAACCGACACGCUGGCAAAAGAAGGGUCCCAUGAAGAAGAAGCAAUGGAAACAAUUCUUUGAAUGGGCCCAAAAAAAUGCUGUGCCCUAUGAACGGAAAUUGCCAGAAGUUACAGUACCCUGUGCUGCUGACUAUCUGCCAUGUGGCAAAGAGCCUAGAGCUAUAGAUCGCGAUGACCUACUGGAGCGAAUGGACGAGCUAUCUACUCCAUUGCCGCACAAGAUGACACCCAAAUACAAGUCGGAUAAAAAUGUGGCAACCUAUUCCCCAGUCAUUGAAUGGGGGCAACCACCAAUGCCCCAAAAGGGCCGCCCGUUCCUAACGCCCAAAGUGCCGUGUUGUUUUCCCAACGAUGAGGUGGAGCAGGCAUUUUGGUUUGCCUAUCGUUUUCCCAUACGGAAGGAAGCACUCAAUGGACAUGCCUCGCCGCGUAUUAUAAAUUUGGCCAAACCAAGGGUCAUGCCGCCGUUUCCUCCGCAUUGUCCUAUACCCGAACGUCCACCAGCUACAGAUCCCUUGGAUGGACCAGCACCGAAACGCAAGAAGUUCACACCGCGACAAUGGCGUUUGCAUCAAAUCCGUUUGAUCUAUCUAUCGAAGCCAGUGACUAGACCUCAAUAUGACUACUUCUAUAUGUGAUAAGUGGCUGAAUAAAAAUUCAGAUUCUUAAUAUCUGACCUUA